AUGUGGUUUAAGGAUAUGUCCGUGGACUUCACCCAGAAGGAGUGGCUGCUGCUGGAUCCGGCCCAGGGAGGUGAUGCUGGAGAACUACAGAGCACUCACAAAGGAAAGAAAAGCUAUGACUGUAAUAAAUGUGAGAAGAGCUUCCUGAAGAAAACACACCUUUCUCACCAUCAGAGUACACAUGCAGGGAAAAAGCCCUAUGAGUGUAAUGAAUGUGGGAAGUCCUUCUUUGUGAAGUCCAACCUGACUGAACAUCGGAGAAGUCAUACAGGCGAAAAACCUUAUGGAUGUCAUGAAUGUGGAAAAUCCUUCUGCCAGAAGUCUGCCCUCACGGUGCACCAGAGAACUCACACGGAAGAGAAACCAUACAAAUGCAGUGAAUGUGGGAAAACCUUCUGUGUGAAAUCAAACCUCACUCAACAUCAAAGGACCCACACAGGUGAGAAACCCUAUAAAUGUAAUGAAUGCUAGAGAUCUUUCUGUGUAAAAUCCAACCUUGUUGUGCAUCAAAGAACUCACACAGGAGAAAAACCUUACAAAUGUUCUGAAUGUGGAAAAACCUUCUAUGAAAAGUCAGCCCUCACCAAACAUCAGAGAAUUCACGGGGAAAAACCCUAUGAGUGUAAUGAAUGUAGAAAAACCUUCAGUCAGCGGUCAGCCCUCACCAAGCAUCAAAGAAAAACACACAAGAAAAAAAAAUCAACUCCCCACAACUCUCUCCAUGUACAGAAGACUGCACCUGAGUCAAGCUUGUAG